UGUUAUAGCAACACAUUCAGUUUGAGUUUAGUGGUUCACUUUAGAUCACACGCAUUCGCAAAACGUGAAUCCAUUCAUAAGUAGUGUGGACCUGCCUAGUCGGAUACCGCAUGACCAGGGGCGCGCACAAAGUGAUUGAUGCAAAAUGACCGACGAUGUCACCGAGAAGAGGACCAGCGAUGAUGUCGGCCGCAUUCUGGGCAGCGUCCGGGCCGGCGAGCUAGCACAAACCCGGUUCACCCGGAUUCCGGCCAAACACUUGAACAAGGAAACGGUGGCCGGCAUUCGUGAUAUGAGCCUGGGCAAAGUCAAAAACGGAACACCAGUGGGAGCACCAACGAUUCGUUUCGACACCGGCUUGAACAGCAAAACUCAACCUCACAUAAACAUCGACCCGAAGGGCUUCCCCAACAAGGCAAAUCCGCACAUUAACGUUUCGAAGGAUGUCGUUUCAGGAGCACGGGUCGCUAGCAAAGUGUUAAAAUAUGCCGGCAUUACGCUAACCGUUGUAGCUGUUGUGAUUGACACUUGGCGUAUUGGUUCUGCCUUCAAGGAUGAUCUCUACAUCAGGGAUAACGCAUCCGCGAUAAUAGCGGAACUGCAGGAGGCUAUCGAAAAAUUGAAGAUCAGCUUGAAGUCUUCCAACAGUGCUGCCGAACGGAAGGAAAUUAGAGAAACUUUGGAGCAUCUGGAAACGGUUCUGAGGGAUGUCAAGCGAACCCGUAAAGCGCCCGUUAAAACGAUCAAGACCGUCGCAUCGGUCGGUGGUUCCUGGGGUGGUGGGCUGGCCGGUGGUGCGGGUGGAGCUUGGGGUGGAGCACAAGCUGGAGCAGCCAUAGGAGCAUUUUUUGGACCGGUUGGUAUUGUUGUGGGCGGUCCGGUAGGAGCAGUUGUUGGAGCAAUUGGCGGUGGAAUAACCGGUGGAAUCAUCGGUAGCAAGACAGGAGAAACUAUUGCCGAUGCAGGACUUUCAUUAGCAGAUUGAAUACGUUAGAAAUUGGGGAGCCAUGCACAGCCGUUUGAAUCCGAAUAUUCUUAUGAAAAACCAAAACUUUUUUGAAAACAACCAUUUACACUUUUAUCAGCUGGUUUUCUGUGUGCUUAUUGAACAAGAUCUAAGCAUGAACAAUGUACUCUCUGAAAUAAAUAAAAUGUCAAAAAUUAGUUUUUUAAGUUAAUCACAUUUCUUUCAACUCUUUACGCAAAAAAAAUAUUUUUCUGGUAUUAAUUACUGGGUUAUUUUUGACCAAGGAACAUUAAGAUCCGAUAAUUUUGACUUGGAAUACAGAACUCAUCUAGAGAAAACUUGAUAUUGAAAAGUAAUAAUAAAGUCGAGACAUAUGGUUUCUGGCUAAGUUUGUAGUACUUGAAUCAAGCUUAAUGAUAUGACAUUUUGUUUAUGGAUCAGUUUGCCCAAUUACCCUAAAAUUUCGCUAAAUUAUGGAAAAUUAAAACUUGAAAUUGCGAAAACUUCUUAAGGAAAAGUAGUAGAGAUUUAAGAUCUAGUGCAAAAUGUGCGUAUUGACUUAUUGAGUGUCUUGAAGUCUUAAUAAAUGUUGUGAAUAUUUUAUGUAAAUAAAAUUUCAGAAAAGUAUCG